AUGGAGGAGAAAUUGAAGGACGAGUUGAAUUCGAUCAAAAUCUUCAAUGGUUUAUCACUCAGCCGCAUGCCAACGGUAGUGGUUCACGGAGUUGUGGACAAUCUCUUAGAGCAAAGGGAGCCAAUUGAUAGAUGCUUUCUCUCCAAAGUGUGCCGUCAAAUGCGAGAUGUGAUCUAUAGCAAAGAUCUUGGAUUCAAGAAAGUGGGCGUGCACUUCAAUAUGUAUUAUUUGUCACUGUGCCUGGAUAAUGUCUCAUUCACCUAUAAGAAUGACGAGUCCGGUUGUAAUGCGAAAUGCGACGGUCGCCAGGAUGAAUUGAUCAAAAAAGACAAAUUGAAUUCGUUUUUGGAUGAUUUCGCCAUAGUGAUGAAGAACCGAAAACUUCGAUUGGAUGAAUUCGAAAUUUCUGGAAAUACGUUCAUCAGUUCGGAACGUAUCGAAACAUUAGAAACCGGAGUCGUAGAGUGGAUGAAGAAGAAUUCGAUCAUGGAAAAGCAAUUUAAAACCAAAAAAGUCCGUCUCGCAGAAGUGAAGUCUGAUUAUGUAAUCGAUAUUCUGUCUCUCUUCAAACCUGGAGUUCUCGAAAAAAUUGAGAUCAACUGGAAAAAGUGGCCAGCCUCUUAUUUCGAUGAUAUCGAUGCUUUGUUUGAAUUGGACCAAUGGAAACAGGCAAAUGUUAAUUGGCUGGCUUCGUCUACUAUCUCCAAUUUUUCAUUUAAAAUCAAUAUUAAUUUUAAAUAA